CGUUCUACAUGAGAGCUGGGACAAGGCUGAGGAAGCCAACCAAUCGGCGACUCGGUUUAGAAGAGAGGCGGGACAAAGCCGACGAAGCCAUCCAAUCCGCGCCUCGUUCUACAUGCGAGAUGGGACAAGGCUGACGAAGCCAACCAAUCGGCGCCUCGUUCUAGUUGAGAGACGGGCCAAAGCUGAGGAAGCCAACCAAUCUGCUCCUUGGUCUAGAUGAAGGACAGGACAAGGCUGAGGAAGCCAACCAAUCGGCGCCUCGGUUUAGAUAAGAGGCGGGACAAAGCUGAUCGAAGCCAGCCAAUCGGUGCCUCGGUUUAGGUGAUCUAGCCAAUGGUGGUUCUCCAAUCGGGGAAAUACAAGUGAAGAGGGCUGGAGGCGGGACAAGUCUGAGGAGGCAACCAAUCGUAGCUUGGGGUUGAGAUGACACAGCCAAUGAAGGAAAUCCAACUGAGACGAGCGAGGGGCGGGACAAGGCUGAGGAAGGAGAGACAGCCAAUGGCGCCGCAGUCCUCGCGCCUUCCAGCCAAUCAGGGAGGGGAUGGGGGAAGCCACGCCCCCUUGGGCGCUCACUCCGCGCUUCCCUCCGGAGGGGCCGGACGUGCGGGCCUGCUGCUCCUCCUCGACGGGCCGAGCCUGGGCCUCGAGCCGGGCCAUGCGGGCGCCCACGCCGCGGAGGCUGAGGCCAGGCCCGCGCUGAGGAGAAAGGAGAGGAUUCCCCCCUCAGACCGAGCCGCCUGCCUUCCGCCAUGCCGGCCAAGAGGAAGCUCGUCCCGCCGGCCCUCAACAUCACCCCCACCAUCGCCGAGGGAGCGCCCGGGCCCGCCGCCGGGGAGCCCGCCCACGGAGCCGAAGCGCACCUCGUCGACCUCCAGAAGAAGCUGGAAGAGCUGGAGCUGGACGAGCAGCAGAAGAAGCGGCUGGAGGCCUUCCUCACGCAGAAGGCCAAAGUCGGGGAGCUGAAAGAUGACGACUUCGAGAGGAUUUCGGAGCUGGGCGCCGGCAACGGCGGGGUGGUCACCAAAGUACAACACAAACCCUCAGGGCUCAUCAUGGCGAGGAAGCUGAUCCACUUGGAGAUCAAGCCCGCCAUCCGGAACCAGAUCAUCCGCGAGCUCCAGGUGCUCCACGAGUGCAACUCGCCGUACAUCGUGGGCUUCUACGGCGCUUUCUACAGCGACGGGGAGAUCAGCAUCUGCAUGGAGCACAUGGACGGAGGUUCCCUCGACCAAGUCCUGAAGGAAGCCAAGAGGAUCCCUGAAGAGAUCCUGGGGAAAGUCAGCAUCGCGGUCCUGCGAGGGCUGGCCUACCUGCGAGAGAAGCACCAGAUCAUGCACAGAGACGUGAAGCCUUCGAACAUCCUGGUGAAUUCUCGGGGGGAGAUCAAGCUCUGCGACUUCGGGGUCAGCGGCCAGCUCAUUGACUCCAUGGCCAACUCCUUCGUGGGCACACGCUCCUAUAUGUCCCCGGAGCGCCUUCAGGGCACGCACUACUCGGUGCAGUCGGACAUCUGGAGCAUGGGCCUCUCGCUGGUGGAGCUGUCCAUCGGGAGGUACCCCAUCCCCCCGCCGGACGCCAAGGAGCUGGAGGUCAUCUUUGGCCGGCCCGUCCUGGACGGAGGGGGAGACGCCGAGCUCCACAGCAUCUCCCCCCGACCACGGCCCCCCGGCCGGCCCAUCAGCGGACACGGGAUGGACAGCCGCCCCGCCAUGGCCAUCUUUGAAUUGCUGGACUACAUUGUGAAUGAGCCGCCCCCGAAGCUGCCGACCGGGGUUUUCACACAGGACUUCCAAGAGUUUGUAAAUAAAUGCUUAAUUAAAAACCCCGCCGAACGGGCAGAUCUCAAGAUGCUGAUGAACCAUGCCUUUAUCAAACGCUCGGAGGUGGAGGAGGUGGACUUCGCGGGCUGGCUCUGCAAGACGCUGCGCCUGAACCAGCCCAGCACGCCCACCCGCACCGCCAUGUGAACGCCCGCCGAGCGCAGACUGCCUUGUUCUCGUUCUUCUUCUCGUUUCCCCACAAACACACACUCUCUCUCUUAUAUAUUUUUUUGUGCACCUGCUUGCCUUCCUUCUUUCCUUCCUUCCUCCCGUCCCUCCUUCCUUCCUUUUCGGGCUCUUCGAUUCCCUCAUUCCUCCUUUCGGUCUGGGAAAGGCUCUGGAACCCCCACGUUGUCCUACAGCAAGACGCCAGACUUUACUACUCUCCCCUCCGCUUCGUUUUCGUUCGGUUUCCUUGUCUCCCGGGUUGGGUAGAAGCGGGAAAGAAGGGACUGGCUUCUCGCGGAAGGAGCACACUUUUCCUCCCUUCCCGUUUCCUCGAUGGACCUACAGAACGGGGCCGCUGCAGGGGUGGUCAGGGCCCAUGUGCUUCCAACAAACCCAUCAGGAUCGGUGGGAAACGAGAGAGAGAGACAGACGCGAGGUUGAGACUGAGGAAGGCGGCCACUCACCCCCUAUUUCCCGAAUCCUCCGUUUCCCGAAUCCCGCUCUCUGUUUCCCGAAUCCUGUUUUCCAAAUCCCGCUCCCUAUUUUCUGAAUCCUUCUCCGUUUCCCAAAUCCCGCUCUCUGUUUCCCGAAUCCUGUUUUCCAAAUCCCGCUCCCUGUUUCCCGAAUCCUUUCAUAUUUCCCGAAUUCCGCUCUGUUUCCCGAAUCCCGCUCCCUGUUUCCCGAAUCCUCCGUUUCCUGAAUCCUCUGUUUCCCGAAUCCGGCUCUGAUUCCCGAAUACCGCUCCCUAUUUCCCUAAUCCUUCUCAGUUUCCCAAAUCCCGCUAUCUGUUUCCCGAAUCCUUCUCCCUAAUUCCAGAAUUUUUCUCCGUUUCCUGAAUCCCACUCUGUUUCCCGAAUGCUCCAUUUCCUGAAUCCCGCUCCGUUUCCCAAAUCCAGUUUUCCAAAUCCCGCUCCCUGUUUCCCGAAUCUUCCAUUUCCCAAAUCCUGCUCUGUUUCUCGAAUCUCGCUCCCUGUUUCCCAAAUUCUGUUUCCCAAAUCCCACUCCCUAUUUCCCUAAUCCUUCUCCGUUUCCCGAAUCUCGCUCUGUUUCCCAAAUCCCACUCCCUAUUUCCCAAAUCCUCUGUUUCCCGAAUCCUGCUCCCUCCCUGUUUCCCGAAUCUCGCUCUGUUUCCCAAAUCCUGUUUCCCGAAUCCUCCGAUUCCCGCUCUAUUUCCCGAACGAUGCCUCGCAAGACGACGCGACCACUGUCUAUGCACACCAAUAACACAGAGUCGGGCCUCGAUAGUCGAGCCCCCAGCUGCUGCUUUCGAGUGGGGUCUCCCUUUUCCUCCGGCUCCAAAAUCCCUGCAUGCCCCUCGCCCGCCCGGACUUCAGAUAAGAGUCACGAGCAGUCCGCUUCCCGGAUCGACUCCUCGGCCUUUCUGCAAAAAGGACGUUGUCGCCAGCAAGUAGCCGCGGCAGCUACUUGUCCUCCCGGUCCCACGAUGCAAUGCUCCCUCCGCUUCGGGACCCGGCCUCUCCUUCCUCCUUUCUCGUCGAGCUCUUCCCUCUCUCGCUGUGUCCCGAGAGGCGUCACGACGCACCCGUUGUCCGGCUCCGGUGCUUCCGGCAGGCCCCGCUCUUGACGUGGUCUCCCCCACCACCGUCUCCGUCUGCUCCGAUCCUCGUUUUCCUGGUUUUUGAGUGACUCGAUGACUCGAGACAAUAGUAAAGGAACGGACGGUUGGCUCUUAGUCCGUUUUGCGGCCAACGGGAUCCCUACGGCCAUAACUGUGGCCGAGUUUGACCGGUCCCUUGUACCACGAGGUCUCCUGGGAACGUCCCUCCAUGUCCAGCUCCCCAAAUUGUGCGGAGUGCCUUCCGCGAGGACUUGAAGGCCUUAGGCGGUGUGUACGGCUUCUUAUUCCCUUCCCAUCACUUAUUGAGUGGCCGCUCCCUUUGGGGUCGUGGAUGGGACACCCGUUGCCUUCCGUGUGCCCGUUAGAUGCUACUGACCGGGGUUCAAAUCUAUUCAGUGAAAGGAAAUCUAUAUAUAUAAAAGGUUGUGCACCCUCCGCUUUCAGAUCAAACUCCCAACGGGAUGAUUUUGAUUUUCAACGCCCUUUAAAUUAUUUGACGGGAAACGUUGUAAACGCCCGCAACAAGAGAACACAUUUUCUGGAUUCCGUUGUCCAUUGAGAUGGAUUUCGGACUCGAAGGCGUUCCUUACAGACUGGGAAACCCGUCUUACGAACAAAUGAUGGUUUUCCCAUGAAGGCUUUCCUUACGGAUCGGGAUAGAAUGAUGGUUGGUUUCACACAUUUCCCACAUCACGAGAACGCAUUUUCCGGAUUCCGUUGUCCGUUGAGACGACUUUUGGACUCUCUUCGCCGGGUCGAUUUGGGGUCUGUUCUCCUUUUUUCUCCCCCCCCUUCCAACGACUCGGAGGCUUUCCUUAUGGAUCAUGAAACCCAUCCUACGGAUGGGAGGAAAGAAGAAUUUUUAUUUUUGAACAUUCCCGUAUCAAGAGAAGGCAUUUUCCGGAUUCCGUUGUCCGUCGAGGCGGAUUUCGGACUCUCUUCACCAAGUCGAUUUGGAGUUCGUUCUCUCUUUUUUUCCCUUGGAGAUGUUCUAUACGGAUCGGGAAAGCCAUCCUAUAGAUGGGAGGAAAGAAGGACGGUUGUUUUCACACAUUCCCGCAGCACAAGAACGCAUUUACCGGAUUCAGUUGUCCGUUGUAAACUCCUGCAUCAAGAGAACACAUUUUCCGGAUUCCGUUGUCUGUUGAGACGGAUUUCAGACUCUCUUCGCCAAGUCAAUUUGGAGUUCGUUCUCUCUUUUUUUUCCCUUGGAAAUUUUCCUUACGGAUUGGGAAACCCGUCCUACAGAUGGGAGGAAAAAAAGACGGUUGUUGUCACGCAUUUCCCAUAUUACAAGAACGCCUUUUCCGGAUUCCGUUGUCCGUUGAGACGGAUUUCAGACUUUCUUCGCCGGAUUGAUUUGGGAUCCAUUUUCCUUUUUUUCCUCUUACGAAUCGGGAAAUCCAUCCUACGGAUGGGAGGAAAGAAGGACGAGAUCACGGGAACGCAUUUUCCGGAUUCCGUUGUCCGUCGAGACGGAUUUCGGACUCUCUUCUCCAGUUCGAUUUGUGAUCCAUCCUCCCUUUUUUCUCUUACGGAUCGGGAAACCUGUCCUACGGAUGGGAGGAAAGAAGGACGGUUGUUGUCACGCAUCUCCCGCAUUUUCUGGAUUCCGUUGUCCCUCCCUUUUCUUUCCCGACCCUUUCCUUUCUCCGCUGCACAAACGCCGUUCCACCGAACGGGAACCUCUUUGCAAUCUGAAUGUAUACAAACAUAAUAAUAUCCGGUGUGUUUCCGAAGGCUUUUUAACAACAACAACAACAAAUAUAUAUAUAUAUAAGUUGUCCACGAACCCUAAAACGUUCUUCUAUGUCCUAUUUCCUUCCUCUUUCUCUGGACGGGUGUGUCUGUAUGUGCCGGGUAUGGGAUGCGGGUGGGAGACGGUAUAUUGUUUUCUUUGCCUCUAUUUAAAAUUUCGGAAACGACAAAAAACAAAAUAUAUAUAAAUAUUUAGUAUGAUGUUCUACUGUUCGGAGGGGUCCUUUCGUUCUCGUUGGGAUCGUUUUCGCUCUUUUCUUUCGGCUUCGGUUAUGAUUUUCGGGGAGUGUUUUCGGGAGAAUGUCUUCAGCAUUUUGACGGUGCAAUUUAUUAUUUUUCCUUUUUUUUUAAAAAAAUAUUGUUUUGAGAAACUCAAUAUUUUCAUCACGGGGAGAUAAAAAAAUAAAUAAAUGGCACUUUA